AUGAAUAUUCAAUGGAGUAACACUUAUAAUACAAAAAAACAAAGUUUUAAUUAUGAUUGUUUAUUGCCUAUGAUUGAUCAUAAAAACUGGAUACCAGAUGAGUUGCACUUAAUGCUUAGAAUCAGAGAUAUAUUAUUAGAAUGUUUAUUUUCAGAUCUUUGUAGAAAUUUAAAAAAAUUUGAAAAUGAAAUGGCUAAUAGAAUAAUUGAAGAAACCAGAAGAAUUGGAAUAACCAAAUUUGAAUUUUAUGAUUUAAAAAGUUCUAAAUGCAACUGGACAACCUUAAAUGGAUCAGAUAAAUUGAAAUUUUUAGAAUUUUUUCUUGUUUCUAAAUUUUAUAAUAAUGAAAAGGGGAUUAACAUAGAAAAAAUGUGGAGAGAAUUUGUAUGUUUGUAUAAAUUAAUUAGAAAAACUGCAUUGAGUGAUAUUGAAAUAGAUAAUUUUCAAAAAGAUGUUAAACAAUGGAUUAAAACAUUUACUAAUAUAUAUCGUAGUGAGGAUGUUACUCCUUAUAUGCAUGUGUUUGCCAUGCAUAUACCACAAUUUUUAAAAGAAUUAAAAAAUCAAGCAUUAUCAUUGCGUGGUGUUGAUGUUGAUUCAGGAGAUGAUGACAAAGAUGUUAUUGAUUGA